AUGGCCCUUCCGAUUGCAGUCAUCUACGGCGCAGGGCCCGGAACAGGCGCAGCGAUUGCUCGAGCCCUAGCCCCAACUCACUCACUCCUCCUCAUGUCUCGUUCGCUUCCUCAAACCCUUGGCCGCUUAGCGUUAGAUGAUAUCCCACAGGACAGGAUCUACGCACACAAGUAUGACGGCGCCGCGUCGUUUGUCGAGGCUAUCAAGGCUGCUCAGGCCCGAUGGCCAGGCGCUCCAGUCAAGGUUGGAGUGUGUCAUGCCGGAGUACCGUUUAAGCCGGGACCGUUUCUUAGCAAAUCGACCCAGGAUUUCAAGGAUUGUCUUGAUAGCGCCGUUCAAGCCUGGGACUUUUCGCAGGCCGUCAUCCCCGCCCUCAUAGCGAGUAACGGCGGCACAUUAAUUAUCACUGGCGCCACAAUGUCUCGGCGUGCCGGACCAAACUUUGCCGCAAUGGCCGGAGCGAGUUUCGCCCGGCGCGCUCUCGCCCAGUCACUCGCAAAGGAAUUCGGCUCACAGGGCGUUCAUGUCGCCCACGUCGUCGUUGACGGACUGAUCAACACGGCCCAUGUUGAGGAAUCGAUGGGUAAGGCUGAGCCGGGAGCGCGCCUCGAGCCGGCCGACAUCGCCGAUGUGUACCUCGAUAUCAUCAAGCAGAAGCCGACCGCGUGGACCCAAGAACUUGAUAUUCGGCCGGCAAAGGAGAAGUGGUAA